AUGGUUCCAUCGCUUUGCGUCAAUGGUUGUGGUUUCUAUGCUUCUUCUAUAAACAACAACCUCUGUUCAAAGUGUUACAAUGAUUAUCUCAAAGAAAAUAUUGAGAAAUCAAAUGAUCAUGAAAGCUGUGAUUUUGAAUCAACGUCGUCUUUUUCUUCAAUGACCUUUAAUAUUGAUAGUAUUUGUGAGGUUAUCGACAAUCAAAACAUCAAGACAAAGAAAAAUAAAUGCAAGAGUUGCAACAAAAAAGUGAGUCUAUUAGGAUUUAAUUGUCAUUGUGAAAAUGUGUUUUCUAAAAUACAUAGAUAUCCCGAAGAACAUGCAUGCAAGGUAGAUUUAAAAAAGAUUGGUCGUCAAAUAUUAGAUAAACAAAAUCUUUUAUGUGUGAGUGAUAAGUUAGGACAUCGAAUUUAG